UUAGGAAACUAACGGCAGACUGGAGGAGGGACUUCACUGUGAGAGAUGUAGCAAUUUUCUUUGGGGGAAAAAAAAAAAAAAAACGCUGGUUCGAUAUUGCCAGAGCUAUUUUUCGGGGGCGGUAUCUCUGACAAAAAAAAACAAAAAAACAACAACCUCUGUGUCUAUUUUUUUCUCAAAUCAUGCCACGUUUGAGAUUACGCCUGUGAUGGGCUGAGCGAUCAUCAUUCUCCUCCUGUUUACGCACAGCUGCCGCUCGGAGCAGGCGGACCGAGAAAGUUACCGAAGUUGUCUUUCCUUGUUCGCCAUUCAUUUUUUCUUUUUUAUUUCCAAAUUUCUGUGGCCUCCUCGACUUCAUCUGCCCGCCCCAGCAUGCUGGACUGACGUCUGAGGAAUGGCAUCGGCUGUGUUUGAAGGCACGUCGCUGGUCAACAUGUUUGUCCGGGACUGCUGGGUCAACGGGAUCCGGAGGCUCAUCAUCAGCCAGCGGGGAGAGGAAGAGGAGUUUUUCGAGAUAAGGACAGAGUGGUCUGACAGGAACAUUUUAUACUUGCAUCGGAGUUAUUCCGAUAUGGGGCGGCUGUUUAAAAGACUGGUAGAGUCCUUCCCUGAGGACAGAAGAGACCUCUCCAAAUGUCCACUGAUAGAAGGGCUUGUAAAAAUCAAAGAGGCAAACGACAUAGAGGAGAAAUUGAACGAGGUGGAAAGACUACUGAAGAAUGCGAUCAAUAUGCCAUGCAAGUAUUCGAGGUCAGAGGUGAUGUUGACUUUCUUCGAGCGAUCACCGCUGGACCAGGUGCUGAGGAAUGACAAAGUCCACCGAAUCCAGCCGUGCUUUCAGAGUCCAAUCAAGAUAUCAGAAAUCAUGCGGUCCAAUGGAUUCUGUCUGGCCAAUACGGAAACCAUCGUAUUUGAUCACAGUCUCCCCGAAGAAAAAGAGAGACCCUCAUCCACCGACUCUGUGGAACAUACAUAUGAGGACGGAACAGAGUUUUUGCCGAUGGAAGCAGAUGUGUGUGACGAGGAAACAGAAGCGUAUGUCACCAACCUCUCCUACUACCAUCUGGUCCCAUUUGAAACUGACAUCCUGGAAUGAGGAACUGAUGCCCGCUGAUGGACAUAUGACGCUAUCAUUGAGGAAAAUGUACUCUUAAAUGGAACCUAGCUAUGCAACGUUGCACAUAGCUGCUCCAAGUAAAUGCUGCUUAUUCUAAAAACCUCCACUUUGUUUUUUGCCACUUUAAGCGACGUCACCGGUGUGCCUCAUUCAUAGCCUUACUUGAGUGAAAAAAAAGGAAAGUCGGGAAAAAUACUGACUGGCUUUCAGGUGUUGUAACACAACCUGGAGGUCUGUCAAUCCUUCGGCUGAUGGAGAGGUUGCAGCUUGGCCUCUUCAGAAGAAUUGAAAUAGCAUCAAACACAUCAGUGUCCAUGGUUUUGACUGUGAAUGCAAGCAGAGGGUAGAGGGCUGCACAUCAACCUACAUUUGGAAACAAAUUUACAGUAUUGGACCGUUCACUGUUACUCCAGAAUCACAUCUCUGUUGUUUUGUGUUUCGCAUUCAUUCUCCAGUGGACCUCCAUGAUCGGGCCUGGUUGGCUAGGAGAUGAUGCAUCUGCAAAGCCUGUUGUUUUCUCAUUUAAACUGCUGCCUGAAGUGUUACUCACAGUGUUACCACUCUAGUGUUUUAUUCCUGCGGGAACACAGGAAGCUGUCAUGAAGCUCGAUGUAUGAUGUUUGUUCAUAGUGCAAUUUCCACCAGCAUUUAGGAACCUUUUUGUUUGUAAAAUACCAGCUUAAAAGGAUGGAUAAUUCCUGUUUUGUUGCUGUCAUAUGCAGUCGGUGCUUUGGUGUGAGAGUACUCCAGGCUACAUUCACCCUGCAGGCACGAGUGGCCCAAUUCAGAUGUUUGCUAAAAUGUGACUAAGAUCUGUUUUUUUUUCAUGCACAAAUAACACAGAAUUUGAUCUUUUCAGUUCUGCUUGUGGUGGGUUUGUAGUAUGAAUGUAGCCUAAGGUCCAAGUGAGACUGCGUUUGAUAACAGACACACAAGUUUUUCCAACACUUAAGGUAAAAGAAUAGAAAUAGAAAUCAUAGGGGCAAAUGUCUUCUUCCUGAUUUAGCAUAAAACAAAAAAACCUGAAUAAUGAAGCCUUUAUUCUAAUGUGUUAGCAUAAGCAUUUUAUAUAUACAGUCUCACUUGGUUCUUGGACUACUGUCAGAUUAAAGAAUAUGAAAUAAAUAUGUGUCAUUACCAUUUUUCCAAAGCAAAAACUUAAUGCUGCCUUUUUGGAUGUUGGUGAGAUGUUUUUUGUUGUUGUCUAAUAAUAAUGUAAUAUGUGUUAGUAAUGUAGCUUGUAAUGUUGCUUAUUUUAUGUUCAUAAACAAAUAAUUUGAUCUAUUAGAGAACUGAGUCUUGCCAUUAUGUGGAUCACUGAAUCAUCUCACCGCUCUUGUUGCCAUAUCAUGAGUGAUAAAAUGGGGCAAAGAAAGCUUUUGUUUUAUGGGUCAACUGAGGUCAUAUCUGACCCGUUCUGUAAGAUGACGUGUGUGGGUUCAGUCAGACAGCUGACUGCAGUCUUACUGAAUGUAGGAGUCUUCGGCUCGGCACCGCAACGGGGGGGGAACAAGUACUCUAUUUAUCUAAAGAAGACAAACGACCUUGCUGUACUAAAACUUUCUAAAGGAAAGUUGUAUGAAAAUAGGCAAACACUUGAUUAAAAUUCAUGCCUUUUGUAUGUUUUAUGGGUCCUCCCACCAUUAAGAGGUCGCUUUCACUUCUCGCUUUUUAAACUGUGGAAUUCAGUGAAGCCUUGUGUGUGUUUUGAAUGCAAGAAAGGCAAACCAAUGUAUAUUUGUAUAGGCUAACUGUAAGGAAGCCUAUCUUUAUUCAUUGUUUUGACAGUUUUGUUAAUGCAGAAGUCAUUGUUGCCUUACAAUGUGGGCUAACAGCUUGUGUGCAGUUUCUCUGCCCCCUUCCAAAAACAAAGGCAUUCAACCCUCACAAACUUGGCACACGAGGCUUCCACAGGACGGGUCCCCCACAUGAGUCUGUUUAGUAACACAGUCAUGACCACCAUUCAUCCCAUGAGAAAGUGCAGUUCUUUCUCAGGGUGCAAAACUAUUUCUUUUUCUCUUUUCUUCAAGAAUGACGUCUUGAAUUGAUGGAUAUUCUUUGGAUAGGAAAGUUUAUUGGGAAAAGCCUUGUAGAAAACGGUAUAUAUAUAAAGAUUAAUAAGAUUCAAUGGUAAAAUGUCUCUCUUUCAAAGAACUGCUUCAUGUUUAUCAAGUCCUGAGUUCAUAUUUAAAGAUCAAAUAUCUAUUAAGACCUCUGUCAGCUUUGCAGGCUCGGGGAAUGCAUUAUAAAUAUGACUUAGACGGUACUCAGCGGUGACAGGAGGGAGUAACACAAUGGCUUUUACUCCAGUUUCAGUGACAUUUUAAAAACAUAUCACUAUCUCAUUAUGCCAGCAUGGGGUGUGAGGAUUCAGAGGAGCACAAUGUGACAGAUAAUAUGAAAAUAAUAUGACACAAAAGCUUUUAUUUAUUUUGUAAACUUUAUACACACUCUGUGAAGCUAAUCUUGUAAUUUCAUUUAUUUUUUUAUGUGUAAUUGUGAGAUCUUUUUAUGUGUAAAUGUGUCAGAAGUAUUGAAUGAAGAUUAAUUUUAACCUUUGAAGUGUAUUUGGUAACAUGACGGAUAACUUUAAAGCUAUUCAGACAGUAUUAGAUACAAAUUAUUAUUCUCAAAGCUUCUCAAAACAAAUGUUUCCAAUAAAAGAUUGUGCUGUCAA